ACGCGCAUCAAAUUAGCAUCGAUGAAGUUUGUGCGAACAUGGCGGAUUUCCUGCCGACCAGGUCCGUGUUAAAAGUUUGUCUACCCGUCUGCCUGCUGAACAACGGCGAGGUGGAGCAGCUCCGAAAGUCCAAAGAGAUCGACAGAUGUCUAUCCCGGGAGAAAACCUACGUGAAACGGCUGGUGAAGAUCCUGCUGCUCGGCGCUGGCGAGAGCGGCAAGUCGACUUUCCUCAAACAAAUGCGGAUCAUCCACGGCCUGGACUUCGACCAGCUAGCCCGAGAGGACUUCAGAGCCACAAUUUACAGCAAUGUUAUCAAAGGUAUACGUGUGCUGGUGGACGCCCGGGAGAAGCUGCACAUCCCGUGGGGUGACCCGGACAACCAGAGGCACGGAGACAGCCUGAUGGCGUUCGACACCCGGUCGGCCAAGAUGGCCACAGGGCAGCUGGAGACGUCCGACUUCCUGCAGUACCUGUCGGCCAUCAAGGCUCUGUGGGCAGACUCGGGCAUACAGAACGCCUACGAUCGUCGCAGGGAGUUUCAGCUGGGUGAGUCUGUGAAGUAUUUCUUGGAUAAUCUGGAUAAGCUUGGCGAGCCGAGUUACCUCCCCACUCAUCAGGACAUCCUGCUGGCCCGCAAACCCACCAAGGGCAUCCACGAGUAUAACUUUGACAUCAAGAACGUUCCCUUCAAGAUAGUGGACGUGGGGGGGCAGCGGUCGGAGCGGAGGCGCUGGUUCGAGUGUUUCGACUCGGUCACCUCCAUCCUCUUCCUCGUCUCCUCCUCUGAAUACGACCAGGUGCUGAUGGAGGACAGGCUGACCAACCGGCUGCGCGAAUCGCUCAACAUCUUCGAGACCAUCGUCAACAACCGCGUCUUCGUCAACGUUUCCAUCAUCCUCUUCCUCAACAAGACGGACCUGCUGGAGGAGAAGGUGAAGAGCGUUCCGCUCAAGGACUACUUUCCUGAAUACACCGGGCCGGAGCACAGCCUACCGGACAUCCAGGCGUUCAUGGUGGAGUGCUUCCGGGCCAAGAGACGCGAUGCCACCCAGAAGCCCCUGUACCACCACUUCACCACAGCCAUCAACACGGAGAACAUCAGGCUGGUGUUCCGAGACGUCAAGGACACCAUCCUCCAUGACAACCUCAAACAGCUCAUGCUCCAAUGACCCCUGUCAACCUGUGAAAGUAGAGGACCUGAACGGGGCGACCACCCCCUCACUCCUGACGAGGACUUGGGAGAGACCAGCCUCAGAAGAAUCCGAUCGACGUCAGCAUUCUUCUUCAGCCAUUUUUAUAUUAGUUUUUACUCUCCUCUUUGAAGACCUUCUUGUUAGUGCAGGGUUUGGUAGGGGAACGAGUCAGUGGGACAGACUGUCUGUGGUUAUAAAGAAAGACAAGCAGGCACUUUGGAUGUUGGAUGACAUCUGAUCUUUGCUGCUUCGUGCUGAGACUCUCCCCUGGCCCAAGCGUUGCCUGACAGCACGAGGCUCUCGGGGGGCUUUUCGACUCACAAGGUGUCAGUGAUGGAGCCAUUGCCAGUGCCUGGCUGUGGAAACCAGCAAAACAUUUUACAAACCAGGCAUAUGGUUCCUAAACUAGAUAUACAACUUACCAAGCAACAAGAACAGGCAUGGUGAAAAAAGUAGUUUGUUUUAAAAACAUGUAAGCAAAUAACGAGUUAGGAGUUUUAAAUGCACGAAGAUCAUCUGUGCCAGUAUUGAUCUGUCAGUCUGGGUCCAAGCACUGAAUUGAUUUAGUCCAAAAUCACUCAUUUCUGUUGUACUGUCCAGUGCUGCUUUGUCAACAUUGUUUGUCAACAUUGUUUCGAAGCCCUGUAGUUUGUAGAAGGGUUUGUCAGCUUGCUGAUCAUCUGGAGAUUACACAAUCCUUGUUUUCUCUCAUACUGCAGCACUGUUCCCCCCUCUUCCCGUCCCAGUCAUCAUUGUCUCUUGGUUCGAGAUCAACAGGUUGAAAGUGCCGGCACGGAGCCAGUUUUCGCCGGGACAAGGACCAGUUUGUGGAUGGUGACAACGCUCAGAACGGUUAAAGAUUUGAUGUGGAAUAUGGCUCCAGCACUGGCACCUUGUCUGUGGAAAAAUACUAGAAAAUGGCACAAUCGCGACCUGGACCCACAUGCCUUUCCGUACAAUGUCUUAAGGAGACCUAAUCACUGUUUAAAUCCUGCAUUUGUGCCUGUGUUUCUCUGUAGAAUUAAAGUCAAUCUUAGCUACCUUAAACAGAUAAUUAAUACGCAAGUUUCCUUGCAGGUUGUCCUAUAUAUUUUUGGUUGUUUAGAGGGAAAAAUUGCCCUCAUUGGCACAUUAGACAGGUGUGCCAGCAAGUGAACAUGCAGUCCACUGUUUUCUCAGGGUUGAAUCAAAAACGGCGUUAAUGCUGAAGUCAUUGUUGUUGAACUAACUGAAUAAUCUAAUCUUUAUCUGGGUGGCAGAGCAGUGAGAUCAGCCAGGCCUAAGUACAGUUGGCUGGGUGGUGUUUGGUACUGUAUCCUGGCUUUGACCCCUGACCUUUAACCCAGACCCCCCCCCCCCCCCCCCCCCUCUCUCUCUUUGUUUUUCAUCUCUGAUUAGAUGCCUUGUAAAGGGACAGACCUCCCCUGUUUGCCUGAAUGAUGAAUGUCUGUGAAUAGUAUGUACAGAGAUUUGCUAGAUUGUCUGAAUAUACUGUAACUAACAUUGUUACAGUUAGGUGUAACCUGUCAUGUGAGAAUAUCUGUGUUGGCACUGAGUUGUGACUCCAGGCGUCUCUGAAACGCAGUCCUAUGCUGUUUAGGAGUUCCCUUUAUAAUACAUUUUGAAUUUGUAAAAAAAAAAAAAGAAAAUGUAGACAAAAAAAGCUACUGGAGUUGAAUAGCUUUGUCAGCGACUGUAUUCUGUAGGGAGC